AUGACCACGAUGGUUCUUACAUAUCUCGAAAGUUUUCGUUUCGCUGCCCAUAAUUUCAAACGCAGACGUGGAGACUUCUUUCAAUUGCUCAAAACUUUGGGGACGUUACGUCCGAGUAACUUCGACACUCGCAGCAAUCUCGAAUGCUGUUCCGCUAGCGCUUACAAGCGAUGCAUCGCCUGUGCUACUCCUUUCCAGAAUGCUAUCAUGACGACUACCAUCGUGGCCAAUGGACCACCAUUUCGUCUCAUAUCUUUUUCUUCAAUCGAGCUAAAGGAAGAAUCAAGUAUCUUGAUCAAGUAUUUCUGCUUUGACUAUUUUGGUGAAAUCUGUAUCCGGAGUUGCUGCCUCAAUGGUCCUAAUAACAAAAGAAAAUCUGCCGUCCACAAUGCUCCGAUGCUCUUCAAAUCCAAAUUCUUACAUUCGUCGAUUGAGCAAUUCAUAGAGGCUUCAGUCUGUCCAUUUCCGAAUUCGUGA